AACAAUGUGUAUGCUGCUUUUGUUUGCUCUAGGAAAUAUUGCAAGUACGUGUUUGAAGGCAAUUAAGAUAAUUUGGAAAAUAUCAUACAUUGCAAUUUCCUAACCGAGGGUCAGAAAUGAACAAGGAGCACCUGAAUGCAACAUAAACACAAUUGCAUAGUUCAGGGACUGCUGUCUGCUGUUGAUCAUCGUAAACUUGUGACAGAGAUGAGUCUGCGUCUUCUCCGUUGCUAUUCAAAGCCAGGUACAUCAGGAUGUGGUCUUGGUGCCAUUCGCCCAUUCAGUCUCAGCAUGCAGAGAGAGGCCUUCAAGUAUGUAAAUGCCCAGGAGCUGCCGACAGACCUGUGGUCCAUCACUGACCGGGCAGCCACAACCCUCCUCUGGACCGAACUCUUUAGAGGUCUGGCGAUGACUAUGAGUUACCUGUUCCGUGAACCUGCCACCAUCAACUACCCGUUUGAGAAGGGCCCUCUGUCCCCCCGCUUCAGAGGAGAGCACGCACUCCGCCGCUACCCUAAUGGAGAGGAGCGCUGCAUUGCCUGUAAGCUGUGUGAGGCUGUCUGUCCUGCUCAGGCCAUCACUAUUGAAGCUGAGACUCGAGCUGAUGGCAGCAGGAGAACGACACGCUAUGACAUUGAUAUGACUAAAUGUAUCUACUGUGGCUUCUGCCAGGAAGCCUGUCCUGUUGAUGCCAUUGUUGAGGGUCCAAACUUUGAGUUCUCCACAGAGACCCACGAGGAGCUGCUGUACAACAAAGAGAAGCUGCUCAACAAUGGAGACCAAUGGGAGGCUGAGAUAGCAGCCAACAUACAGGCAGACUACCUGUACAGAUAGAGAGUAUAUUGCCCCAUACAUGAAAACAAUAUAUCUUAUCGUCCAUCUACGCAUUACAUUGAUUAUUUGUAGUUUAUUCAGUGAGUUACAAAUAAGCAGGGAAGCCUUGCAGCCUCUGAUUCCGAAUUGAGAAACAAUUGAAAAAUGCACAAAUCCUAUUUAUUUUUAAGUAAAGAUGGAUGAUAUUGUACUUUAAGAUGUUGAUUGUAGUCUGUAACCCAUGCAGCCUAUGCACAGUCUAUGAUGGACUAUUUUCUGCUGCACUUUAAAAGCUUCUUUUUUUAAAAUCUGAUGUGAUAGCUAAGACAUUUCUGAAAGAGUAAAUGUAUGUAAUGUAAUGUUAUUUAAGAUACUGAAAUAAAUAAUGUUUUACAACUUUAA